CCUGACUUCUUUCUUUGUCUAUCCGGUCAAAUUUCACGUCACCAGAAAUUAAUAUAUUUCAGUCUACUUUGAAUUCCUAUCGGAAAACCAAGACACUACUCCAUUUAAAUUGGAAGCCGUUCUUUUAAAAGGAUAGUGUUUAAUUCAAUUACGAGACUAAGACCUUGUCAAUUUUAAGAUGUCCAUGAUGUAUCGGAUGAGUGGAAUCCUACGUCCCCUCGUCUUUCGUCAAAACAUACGAUGCCUGGGCACACAAGAACUAAGUAAAGUGUUGGUGACCAGAAGAGUGCCACAGCUAGCCAUGGACAUACUGAAAACAUCUCAGAGCUGUGACCUUGAUGUGUGGGACUCUGAUGACCCCAUUCCAAGGGCUGAAUUGCUUAAACGAGCACAAGGAAAAGAUGGACUGUAUGUUCUACUAACAGAAAAGGUUGAUGCAGAACUACUUGAUGCAGCUGGGCCCCAGCUGAGGGUUGUCAGUACUAUGUCUGUUGGAUAUGAUCAUGUUACCACUAAGGAACUCAAAAACAGGAACAUUCCCUUGGGCUACACUCCAAAUGUCCUUACCGAUGCUACUGCAACCCUGACAGUAGCUCUGCUAUUGGCGACCUCAAGAAGACUUAUUGAAGCAGUUGGUGAAGUUAAAAAUGGUGGCUGGAGUACCUGGAAGCCUAUGUGGAUGUGUGGAGCCACACUAAGAGGGAGCACUGUUGGGAUUGUUGGACUUGGAAGAAUUGGUCUGGCAGUUGCUCAAAGGCUUCUACCAUUUGGUGUCUCUAAGAUAGUGUAUUCAGGAUGGAAAGCUACUCCCGAAGUUGAGAAGCAAGUGAAUGCCACACAUGUUGAUAACGAUGCAUUAUUUGCUAAGUCUGAUUUUGUCCUGGGCUGCACUGCUCUGACUCAAGAGACGCAAGGAAUGUUCAACAAAGAUGCCUUUUCUAAAAUGAAGUCAACGGCUAUCUUUGUUAACACGAGCAGAGGUGGAGUGGUUAAUCAAGACGAUUUGUACGAUGCUUUAAAAGAUAACGCCAUACGGGCCGCAGGUCUAGACGUGACGGUACCUGAGCCUCUUCCCACCGACCACAAGCUGCUGUCACUCCCAAACUGCGUCAUCCUACCACACAUCGGCAGUGCAGAGGACGCGACGCGCACUGAAAUGGCCACACUCGCAGCCCGCAACUUGUUGGCGGGACUCAGGGGGGAACAGAUGCCAGCACAGGCUGACCUUUAACGCAUGCAUGGUCAAAUAUCCGCUGAUUGUAGCGCAGGCUUUUUCAAUUGAGCCAAGUCCCUGGUGUUUUUAAAGGUUUUAUAUGGUGUUGCGGAUUUCCUGUGGUUGAUGGUGUGACGUCACGCGAAACAAUCUCUUCCAAGCCCCUCUAGUCCACAACCAACCACAGGAAUCCCAAAAAAGAGCAUCGGGGACUAGCUGGGAGUCGGCUCAUAAAUUGGUAAAGGAACGAAGUUUACAUUGUUCGCGAACGCCUAGAAAUUUAAUAAAAUUGUAAGAGAAGUGACUCGUAUUCCUAGGUAUAAAAUAUGUGAAAAUAAAUUUUUGAUGGUGUUUUA